CUGGCUUAUCUUAUCUGCCUCUGUGGUAUUUUUUGGGUACAUUUUAGUUAUUGCAUUGUUAAACUCGGGUUUUUGAGUCCAGUGGCCGUGAUUUGUGCAUCAAAUCACAAUCAAAGAGAGGGAGCAGUUAACCUGCGAAUAGUUCCACGCGCUGGAACCCAUAGUUUGCAUGCAUUGCAUUUAGUCUGGCGAUCGGUUGGCGAGGCGUGGAACAACCUGUGGCAGCCAGCGGAAUUCGAAAGGAACUGGAUUCGAAUAGGAAUCAAGACGUUUGGACGUUUGCACGUUUGGAUCGGACAGGAUGAGCUGCUUUAGUGCGAUGAGUGCCCCGCUGCUGGGCGAGAUGGAGCAGACCAUUGGGAUGCUGGAGCGCGGCACCAUUGUGACCAAGUUGUAUGGGAAACAGCGUCGUCCAGAUCGUCGACACCUGAUGCUCAUCCGAGAGACCCGACAGCUGCUCUGGGCCACGGUGGCCACCCAAACGCCACGCACCGACUACGAGGGUGCCAUACAGCUGCGUGAGAUUCGCGAGAUACGGGUGGGCAAGCACUCCAAGGAGUUCCGCCUGUUUGCCGACGACUGCCAGCGCUUCGAGUCCAGCAAAUGCUUUGUCAUUCUGCAUGGCAAUCACUUCAAGCUGAAGAGCUUCUCUGUGGUGGCUCUGUCGGAGAUCGAAGCCGAUAACUGGGUGCGGGGAUUGCGUUACAUGGUUAAGGACACUCUCGGAGCACCCUAUCCCUUGCAAAUUGACCGCUGGCUGCGUCGCGAGUACUAUCAAAUCGAGAAUGUGAACUCGCAUUCUGCCAAGGCCACGGAACAGUCGCCAGCCCAGGUGACUAUCAAGGACUUUAAGCUCUUUUUGGCCGGAGUUAGCUGUAAGAUGACCACCAGCAAGUUCAUGGAGCACUUUACCGAGGAUGUGCGGCGCAAGCACGAUCUCAAGUUUGACGACUUCUCGCGGUUCUAUCAGAAGUUGCUGCUGCCUAACGGAUUUGCCAGCGUUUUGUCGGGAUCGGGAGUGGCCAACUUUACUUAUUCGGAGGACCAACAGGUGGUGCGACCGUCUGAGCUGAAGCAGUUCCUGGAGACGGAACAACGCGAUGUGAGCGCCAGUGAGAUCAGUAACGCAGCCAUUGCCUCCUUCAUUCGGGACUUUGUUCAGGAUGUGGAACGGGACGUCCAGGAACCGUAUCUCACCAUUUCCGAGUUUGUUGACUUUCUCUUCUCGAAGCAGAACGACUUGUGGAACAGCAAAUACGACCAAGUGUUCAUGGACAUGAACUUGCCGUUGUCCUCCUACUGGAUCGCAUCGUCGCACAAUACCUACCUGACGGGGGAUCAGUUCUCUAGCGAAUCCUCCUGCGAGGCCUACGCCCGCGCCCUUCGCAUGGGAUGCCGCUGCAUCGAGCUAGACUGCUGGAAUGGACCCGACAACCUGCCCUACAUAUUUCACGGCCACACCAUCACCUCCAAGAUCAAGUUCAUGGACGUCAUCAAGACAAUAAAGGACCACGCCUUCACCAGCUCAGAGUAUCCGGUGAUACUGUCCAUAGAGCAGAACUGCUCCCUGGAGCAGCAGCGGAAUAUGGCGCAGGCCUUGAUCGAGGUUUUCGGCGAUAUGCUUCUUACGCAACCUUGUGAUCGGAACGAGCAGCAUUUGCCAUCGCCGUACCAGUUGCGUCGCAAGAUAAUCCUGAAGCACAAGAAGUUGCCGCAGUUUGACGACAUCACCAAUGGGAUUUCUGGCACGGGUUCACUGGGCCAUAGAUCUUCGCUGGGAGGAGCGGGCGGUGGGGAGAACGAUGGCGAGAAUGUGCGCAAGGUGUUCAAGGAGGGAUUGCUAUACUUCAAGGAUCCGGUCGAUAAGUCCUGGAAUCUGUACCAGUUCGUUCUGACCCAUCAGGAGCUGAUCUACUCCUCUGAAAUCAACGAGUCGCGCAAUGGAAACUCUGAGGAUGACGACUUUGGGCUUUCUUCGUCGUGUUCCUUAAACAGCAACAUGCAGCAAAAGCAGAAGGAUACCUCGGCCAACGAUGAGCUGCACUUCGGCGAGAAUUGGUUCCAUGGAAAACUGGAAGGUGGCAGGAAGGAGGCGGAUGAUUUGCUGAAGAAGUAUAAACAUUUUGGCGAUGGAACAUUUUUAGUUCGAGAAUCGGCCACGUUUGUGGGUGACUAUAGUCUCUCGUUUUGGCGACGAAAUCGCCCGAAUCACUGCCGCAUUAAGUUAAAGCAUGAAAAUGGAUCAAUCAAAUACUAUCUAGUGGAGAAUUUUGUGUUCGAUUCACUGUACUCACUGAUCGUUUACUACCGCAAGAAUAUGCUGCGUAGCUCAGAGUUUUCGAUUAUACUAAAGGAGCCUGUUCCGCAGCCGAAAAAGCACGAGGAUCAGGAGUGGUUCCACCCAAACACCACAAAGGAGCAGGCCGAACAGGGGCUGUUUAGGCUGGAAAUCGGUUCGUUUCUGGUGCGGCCAUCGGUGCAGAGCAUUAACGCUUUCGUCAUUUCGUUUACAAUCAAUCGGAAGAUCAAGCACUGCCGCAUUAUGCAGGAGGGACGUUUGUACGGCAUCGAUACGAUGAAUUUCGAGUCUCUGGUCUCGCUGAUUAAUUACUAUACCCGAAACCCACUCUAUCGCAAUGUUAAGCUCAGCCAUCCGGUCUCUCAGGAGCUGCUGCGUCAGGCGCUAGCGGAGGCCGCCCAGGGCGAUCACAGUGGUAGCCACGACGACAACGGUGCCUCCAACUACAUGGGCUCCAACUUAGAAGAGCACGUCACCUGCAAGGCACUCUACAGCUACAAGGCGAACAAGCCAGAUGAGCUCUCGUUUCCCAAGCACGCCAUUAUAACGAAUGUCCAGAGGGACAACUCGAUGUGGUGGAUUGGGGAUUACGGUGGCAUGAUAAAGAAGCACCUGCCGGCAAACUACGUUAAGGUUAUCGAUUCGACCACGGAGGACUACAACUCGUUGAACGAAGAGGGUACAGAUGGACGCACCGACUCCAUUGAGAUUUUCGGAGCUGUUGCCUCGCUCUUCGAGUCCAACGAUCCGGGCAUUAUCUUCAAGCUGCAGAUACAAACGCCAACGAUGCAGAAUCCGUUUGUGAUUGGCUUCGACAACCAGGAGACGGCGUACGAGUGGAUAAAGGCAAUCCAGGAGGCAGCCCUCAUCGCCAGUCAGCUGGCAUCGGAGAGAAGGAAAAAGGAGCGCACUGCCCGUGUGGCCAAGGAGAUGUCCGACCUGAUCAUCUACUUCCGCAGUGUGCCGUUCCGCGAACACUCGUGGAUAUUUCAGGAAAUGUCAAGUUUCCCAGAAACAAAGGCGGAAAAGCAGUUUUUCCAGCAGAACACACAACUGUUUCUCUCCUACCAUCGCAAUCAGAUUAGCAGAGUGUACCCGAAGGGUCAGCGCUUGGACUCGUCGAACUUUAACCCCAUGCCAUUCUGGAAUAUAGGAUCACAGAUGAUCGCACUGAACUAUCAGACAGGCGAUAAGGCCAUGCAGCUUAAUCAGGCCAAGUUCCGAAACAAUGGGCAAUGUGGCUAUAUCCUAAAGCCGUCGUUCAUGAAGUCAGAUAGCUUCAAUCCGAACAAUCCGCUGUGCGAUGGCCUAAGCGAAGUGAAAGUAAGCAUACGGCUGAUAGCCGCACGUCAUCUAUUUCGGGGCGGCAAAUCGAACAAUCCUCAGAUCGUGGUCGAAAUAGUUGGCGCUAGCUAUGAUACAGGCGUUAAGUACCGCACCAAAGUCAACGAAAAUGGUUUUAAUCCGGUGUGGAAUGAAUCCUGCGAGUUUAACGUGCGCAACCCACAAUUCGCGAUUCUUCGCUUCGAAGUACAGGACGAGGAUAUGUUCGCCGAGACGCACUUCAUCGCCCAGGCGUGCUAUCCGCUGACCUGUAUUCGUCAGGGCUAUCGCAGCGUCAUCCUGCGAAAUAAGUUCAGCGAGGAGCUGGAACUAUCGUCCCUGCUGAUCAACAUCAAGGUUGCAAAUGCCACUUCCCCGUAGGAGGAUUAUUAAUAUGGAUCAUUAAUAUGCUUAGAGUGCAAACUAUGAUUCCAAAUCUAUAUGUACAUGUGAAUAGGUGUCGUCGAGUGUUUAUGAAAUCAAUUGCUAGAAUUGAAGCAAAGCGCAGCUAUUGCACAAAAGCAAUUUAUCGAACACUGUACAUACCAUUUCACUAAACUAUGACCUGAUUCUCCCACUCAUAAUAAUCUUAAAACAUAAGAUCUGGUAGUUCAUGACAAUGAGUAUUCAAAUAGUAAUUGAAAGCAUAAUUCGGAACUCCUGGAACUGAAAUCAAGUUGUUGUAAUCCCUGCAAACUCUAACGUAGAAGUUAUAUUUAUACGUGACAUUGAUUCAGGACAACAAAAUAUUACGGAUAAGGUUUAACUAUCCGUCACCUCAUUUAAUAAUAAGCAAAAGUUUUACAUUAAGUUGAUUCCAAAAUAAGAAACAAUCCGAAAACAGCUCAAAGGGAAUCAACUGAAUGGGCAUUUGAUAUUCGGUUUCAGGACUUUUUUAGUCCUUUUACAACAACUGAUCAGCUUUUUAUAAGUAUUAUAUUACAUUCUUCUAUUGAAAGUCUUAAUUCAAUUGAAGAAAAUAGAGCACUUGUAGGCACUUAAGCAUGUUGAUUGGCUAUCAUUUGUGACCAUUCUUUCCAUUCUUUCUUUCUUAGCACAAAUACUCAAAAAGCAUUUUAAUCAUUCACCUUUGCUUUCCUUCUGAUGCUUAAAAUAAUUAUACAAUUAAUGAAAAGCAACCAUUUCUGCUAAAGGAUCAGGUCUAACAAAACUUAAACCUCUUUGAUUACACAAGUCUUCCAGUUGUUUAACAAUUACGAUAUCCCACGAAUUUGUGUCUAUGUUGUUUUAUCACGAUUGUUGUAGUUGAUGUUAAACUCCAUCAGAAAAACUAAAAGUUUGAAAACAAUAUUAAAACAAAAUUAAUACAAAAUGUAAUUGUACCUGUGAUUCAAUUACAUUUAUUUGGAAGUGCCUAAAAAUCUAAAUUAUCGAAAUUUUAAACAAAAAUUAGUUUUAAAUCGUGUUCUAUGUGUGUCACUCUAGAGAAAUUGUUAAACGUGGAAUUAUACCUGUUGUAACUUAAAGAUAUAUAUUUUUACAAAAUCCAAGUUUUAAAACAUAUCGUGAAAUGCAACUUACCUUUUUCUCUCUACUAAACUGCGAAAUCUAAAUAUUAAAACACUAAGUUCAGUAGGCGUAUUUAUUAUUGAAUGCAUAAUGUAAUUUAUAUAUUAAAUAUCCAUAAAAUGCACUAGUCGAUUUAAGAAGUGGAAAAUGAGUUCUCUAUGCGUAUCAAUAGAUUUUGAAUCUGAAACUGAUUGCAUUCCAUUUGAAUGCCCACUGAAAUGAUCGAUACGUAUCUACAGAAGUCAUUUGUCAUGCAUUUGCAUUUAAUUAUUUAAUUAACAUUCUGCGGUUUCCAUUCGCACAAUAGAUCGCUUUUUGAGCAUUAGCAAAUCAUGCUUAGUUUAUGUACCCAAAAUGUAUUUAAUUUGUACGUUCCGUUUUUAAGUGAUUUGUAUGUACGUCUAAUAGAUAUUUGCAACUCUUUUGUAAUUGCCUUAUAUUCAGUAAACACACAAUACGUAUACAUUCAUAAUUAUUUAAUGCCAAAUAAAUGUUUACCGGCGUUAGGUGUCUAUAUACAAA